AUGUCUGGCUCUGUUGGUCAUAUUGAAAAAAUUUGCGAUUUGGCCAAGAAAUAUGUUGCAAUUACCUUUUUGGAUAAAGUUCGUGCUGUUAGAAUGUACAGUCCUUGUGGUUAUGCAUCUAUUCAAUAUUUGAAAGAAUCAAACAAAGAACGUGUAAGCCCUUCCCACAUUGUACCUGGCAAGGAAUGUUUCAGAAUUACACAUACACCUGAACAUAAUCAACAAAUUAUUGAGCAUCUUGUUAAUGCAUUGGAAACUAUCUGGCAAAAGAAUGUUUUGAAAUUUGUUAAUGAUUGGAGAUGUGAAGGUGGCAAAGUUGGCAUUGGUAUCAGUGAUCAAACUCCUAAACCAAUUUGGACUAAUUAUCAAUUAAACAGUAUUAAUAACAAUGCUGAAGAAACUAGUACCAAUAAUGAUGAAUUUAAAGAAAUAUAUACAGGGUUGGGAAUCCUUCUGAUAGAUAAAACUUCACUUGCACAAUUUCUUGAAAAACAACUUUUGACUGAUUGUCCUGAUAUGAGAAUCAUUAGAAUUUCAUUAUUGUGGAUGGAGGAUGAUGAUUCAAAUUGGAAAUUUUCUGACCGCUUCAGUUGGCUCAUGAGAGGAACUGGUUGGUGUCAAUUUGUAGCAGAGCGUUUACAUAUUGAAAUUGUUUUAAUUGCUGAUGAGGUACAAAAAUUUUAUAGGUUAGACUCAGAAAAUGCUGGACCACAUCAUGAAGGAAAAGAAUUUUGGAACACAUUUAAGGAUAUCCAACAAUAUAGUAGACUAUACAUUGUAGCAUUUGCAUCUUAUGGUUAUCAUGGUGCAUAUGAUUAUAGUCCAAACAGUGAUGGUGUUAUGAAAAUUUCACCUUUUCAAUUGAGUGAACAUAACACAUGGGGAUUGAAAGAGAUUCGGUUCACUUCUGAAGAAUACAAUGGUUAUGCAACAAAUUUUUCUAGAAGUAAGUUGAAUUUAUCAUCACAACAGGAUGAAGAUAAUUUGCUAAAUUAUAUUAGACAAUGUACUUUAUGUCACCCAGGAUUAGGAACCAGGGCUGCUCUUGGCCUUAAAAACAUGGACAAAGAUGAAACAUAUUUAUGUGACACUGUAUUGUUUAAUCGAACUGGAAUACCAAUCUGUCUUGAGACAGUCCCUAAUUAUGGAUGUUUAUAUAAGACCAAUUUAUUAUCAAUUGUAGCUUCUGGGCCCAAUGAUAAAUUCCUUGGUUUUGCAGCUCCUUUACUUAGAGCUGCAUAUUUACAAACCAGAGUGGGUUCAACAAACCAUUCAACUAAAACACCAGAAACAUUUAGAGAUUUUUUGAAAUUGACAUUUGUCAAUAUGAAUCCUGAAACUCUUUGCAAAUCCCUUGGUGUUGGUAGUGAUGGUCAUCUUCUAGAAAGGGUAUUUCAAAUGGAGUUUUAUCGCUCUGCUACAUAUGUUCUUCCACAAGAUGUUUUCAUUUCAGUUGAUGUUGGUGCAGUAUUUGGCAAUGAUGGUUAUGUUGAUUUUUAUAUUGAUGAUAAAAAAGAUUGGGCAAUUGAACUCUUAUGUGACAGUCAAAACAUUAAAAAGACACAUUAA